AUGAACCCUCUCAAAUGUGCAUUUGGAGUUUAUUCGGGCAAAUUCCUCGGGUUUAUUGUUAGACAUAGAGGAAUUGAAAUCGACCCGGCAAAAAUCAAGGCUAUUAUGGAAUUGCCACCUCCAAAGAAUUUGAAGCAAUUAAGAUCCUUUCAAGGAAGAUUGGCCUAUAUCAGAAGGUUUAUAUCAAAUCUAUCUGGUAGAAUUAAACCGUUUUCCAAAUUGGUGAAAAAGGAUACGCCUUUUAUAUGGGACGAUGAUUGUCAAACAGCAUUUGACGACAUUAAAAAAUAUUUAUUAAGUCCUCCAGUGCUUGCUGCCCCUAUCCAUGGUAGGCCAUUAAUUUUAUAUACUGUUGCGCUUGAAGGAUCGCUGGGUGCACUCCUUGCUCAAAAUAAUGAAGAAGGAAAGGAAAGUGUUUUAUAUUAUCUCAGCAGGAUGUUGGUGGGGGCAGAAAACUCCUACUCGCCAAUUGAAAAGCACUGUCUAGCCCUUAUAUUUGCCGUUAAGAAAUUAAGGCAUUAUAUGUUGGAGCAUAAAAUCCACUUAAUUUCGAGGGUGGACCCACUUAAAUUCUUAAUGACAAGACCAGUUUUGACUGGAAGGUUGGCAAAGUGGGCUGUUAUACUGCUGGAAUUUGACAUCACUUAUGUGCCACAGAAAGCCAUCAAAGGUCAAGCACUUGCUGAUUUCCUAGCUGCACACCCAAUUCCAGAUGACUCACCUUUGGUCUGCGAUUUGCCCGAUGAGCACAUCAUGUUUAUUGAAGAAGACCAACCCUAUUGGAAAAUGUAUUUUGAUGGCGCGUCCUCAAUUCAACCAGCUUUCAGCCCAAGUAUUCCUCAAAUUAAGGCCGGGAUAGGGUUAAUCUUUAUAACACCUGAAGGAGGCAUUUUAAGAUACUCAUUAGCCCUUUCUGAGCCCCGCACAAAUAAUGAGGCUGAAUAUGAAGCUCUUAUUGCUGGUUUGGAAAUUGCAAUCCAGUUGAACAUACAAAAAUUGCAUAUCUUCGGAGACUCCCAAUUAAUCAUCAACCAAGUUGAAGGAGAGUUUAAAGUACAUAAACCUGAGCUGGUCGAAUGUCAGACGAGGGUAAAAUAUCUUAUGGAGAAAAUUCCAUGUGUAAAAAUAGAAAAAGUAUCCAGGGCUGUAAAUGGAAAAGCCGAUGCCCUAGCUAGAUUGGCUAAAGAGCUUGCCGAUCCCACUAUGGAUGAAGUCCAAAUAACUAUACGGAAUCGGAAAAUAUUGUCCCCGGCUGACUUAAAUCCAGAAAAAGAUACGAAGGAAGCUGAAGUCGCAACUAUCGAUAUAGAAGAUGAUUGGAGGGAACCUUUCAUCGACUUUCUCAAAUAUAAUAAGUUGCCAGAGGAAAAGUCGAGACAGGCACAAAUUAAGAAAAGGGCAAUGAGAUAUGUAUUUGUUAAUGAUCAGCUUUAUCGCAGAUCUUAUGAUCAAUUAUGGCUUAAAUGUUUAUCUCCAAAUGAGAUUAAACAAGUCAUGCAUGAAGUUCAUUCGGGUGUUUGCGGAGCGCACCAAUCAGGGCCAAAAAUGCGCCUCAAAAUUAAACAUUUGGGAUAUUAUUGGCCAACAAUGAUACAAGAUUGUAUGAUGUAUGCUAGAAAAUGCCAUCAAUGUCAAAUCCACGGUGACUUCAUUCAUCGACAUCCAAACCCUUUGCAUCCUACAAUCGCCUCAUGGCCAUUUGAUAUGUGGGGAACAGAUGUGAUAGGACCUAUCAAUCCGCCAUCUUCCAGGGGGCAUAAAUUCAUUCUUGCUGCUACAGAUUACUUUUCUAGAUGGGUUGAGGCAAUCCCACUAAGAGAAGUAAAAGCAGAUGAUGUUGUCAAAUUUUUCAGAGAAAAUAUUCUAUAUCGAUUCGGAGUUCCAAGGCGAAUUAUAUCUGACAAUGGAACUGCCUUCAGGAGUUUCAAAGUCAAUAGAUUUGCCACUCAACAUAAAAUUGAUUGGAGAUAUUCUUCAAUAUAUAAUAUGCAAGGCUAA